UGGUCUGGAAGUCUAGCCGGACCCUGUGAUCAUGGUGGACCCAGGUGAGAGACUGAGGGCUGGGGCAGGGGCGCUGUCCCACAGUCUCACGCAGAGUAGGAGCUCUCUAGCCCCUGGCUGACCCUCACGACCAGCACAUCAAGGCUUCAGGCUCCUUUCUUCCGCCGCUUCCAGGCAGGCCUCUAGGUGCAACUGUCGAGUCCACCCCCUACUUGAGCGCUACCCCCACCAGCCUACAGCCCACUGGGUGCGACUCCCAUCCCCAGCAUACCCUUGCAGGCAGCAACACCCUGCCCCUCAGACUCUGGGCGCGAGAGCCUUCAAGCACUUUUAUUUGGAGUGGGAGCCGACUGUGUGGAGAGAGCAGAAAAAUGGAAUCUAAGGUCUUCAUGGUCCAGCUGCCGGUCACACCAGGCUACAGUGGUUUCGUGCCCUACCUUAGCUGCCAGGGCAUCGCCGAUGAGGACAACAUGUCCCACUGUCUGCAGACCUUCCGGGAGAUCACACGGGAGAAAAAGGAGCGGCAGAGGAAGCUGCAUGCUGAAGUGGCUGCGGUCCCGCCGCUGACGCCCAUCUGCUCUGAAAAGACGCUCCUGGGAGUGCUGUACCAGUACUACCAGCGGUACCACCCGCUGAGCCUGGAGAUCAAACACAUAAAGAAACCCCUGUGUGAGCCCCCCAUCCCGGGCUGGGCUGGCUACCUGCCGAGGGCCAAGGUUACAGAGCUGGGUUGCUCCGUGCGCUACACGGUCGCGAGGAACUGCUACCGGGACUUCAUGGAUGUAUUAGAACGAGCCAAGCGUGGACACAAGAAACCCUACGAGGAGAUAUACGGAGUUAAGUCAAAGCAGGAGCCUCCUGGUCCUGUCCCCAAGGUCUUGCCACAUGAUGACAUGUUGCCAGAUGAUCCGAAUUUCUCUGUCCCAAGUGGCAGCGUUUACCCCCUGGGAAGGACUCCCCGAGAGGGCUGCCGUCUGGGGAUGGAUGGCUUCGCUCUGAGGCCCAGCGUUUCCUGCAGUCGGAGGUUCCAGCUCAAACCUCUGCCCUCGCCCAAGCCCUCUGAGGGCCGGGAGCCUGCACCGCCUCCCACAGAGGCGGCCUUAAGGGAGGCCCAAAUCUGAGCACCAGCAGCUCCCAACACCCCGACAGGCCCUCGGGAAGUUUCAGCGUCUGCCUGCCACGAUGGGUCGGCCACGGCAUGCUGUUCAUGAUUGAGACGGUUUCUUGUCAUGUGGGAUU